UCUAAUAGAUAUGCAUAGAAUUCAAUCGCAAAAUGUUGCAUGUUAUUAAAUAAUACAGUAGAUGAUAGUAACCACUGUAGUAACUCUAAAUAGCUACUAGUAACUUAAAAGAUUAAGUAUUGAGGAAUAAAUCUUAAAAUGGCUUGCCAUAGCAGGAGUCUUUCUCACGCCACUGGGGGGAGAACUGUAUGUGGGGGAUGGUGGUGGUCUUUCAGGGCGAGUACACCGAUCAUCCCGACUCAUUUCAAGCGAAAACAGUGACCGUAUGCUUUAGAAUGCGGGUAUAUGGUCAAACAUUUGGCUUAUGUGUGGUAAUCGCACUUUUAUCGUUACUGUUUUUGUUCAGUAGACGUGAUGUACAAAGUUAUUCGGCCGGUGUUAAGGAAGUUACGGAGUCUCAGGCACGUUCCGUCUCGAAGAACUUCAGUGGAGCAAAACCAAAACAACGACACAUCACGACUGUAUCACGCAGAUUCGGAGAUGUUGAACACUUAGUGAAUUCUGCUGGACAGCAAGAGGCAUUCAUGCACCUGGCCGUGGUGGCAUGUGGACAAAGACAUGGGGAAGCUGUCAACAUGCUCAAGACUGCAGCCAUGCUUAGCAGCCGAGCCAUGAGAUUUCACAUCUUUGCAGAGGAACAGUUGCACACCAGUAUAAAGGCAACAUUGGAUUCCUGGCCAGUUUUCAUCAGAGUGAAAUUCAGCUAUGUUGUUCAUCCCAUUUCGUUCCCCCACGAGAACCAUGAAGAGUGGAGUCAGCUUUUCAAGCCAUGUGCAUCACAGAGACUCUUCAUCCCACUGAUCCUGAAGGAAGUUGACUCUUUACUCUAUGUGGACACUGAUGUCCUCUUCCUGCAGCCUGUAGAGCUAAUCUGGGGCAUGCUAGCACACUUUAACUCCAAUCAGUUGGUAGCCGUGGCACCAGAGCACGAGGAGCCUCAGAUUGCCUGGUACAGUCGAUUCUCCCGGCAUCCAUACUACGGAAAAACUGGCAUCAACUCUGGUGUCAUGUUGAUGAAUAUGACCCGUAUGCGAAUGGCACAAUUCAAGAAUGACAUGACAUUGGUUGGUCUUCACUGGGAAGAGCUUCUAAUGCCUUUACUACAGAAAUAUAAGCUUAACAUAACCUGGGGCGAUCAAGACCUCAUUAACAUCAUCUUCCAUUAUAAUCCAGAGAUGCUAUUCAUCUUCCCCUGCCAUUGGAACUACCGUCCUGACCACUGUAUUUAUGGCAGCAACUGCAGCCCUGCUGAGGAGGAGGGUGUGGUCAUGCUACAUGGCAAUAGAGGCGUGUUUCAUAGUGGCAAACAGCCUGCGUUCAAAGCUGUGUAUGAAGCUUUUAAACAGUACAAAUUUGGAGAGGAUCUUGUAAAAUCCUUCUUGUUACCCCUGGAGGAUGCACUGAAUGGGACCACACACACAUACUGUGGGAAAGUUAGUAAUUUAUUUACCAGUGGACUUGGAAAGACUGUAAGAAGGAUCCAGAGAAUGACUCCACCAGGUGGCUGAGCUGUGAUACUGUGACUUUAAAGCAUAUAAUUGAUUCUCUGAGACUGGAUAGAGCACGUUGUUCCAGUCAUAUCUGUGCAAUCGGUGAACUUUCCGUUCAAGACUUGCAGGUUUAAGCUCAGACAACAUAAAACAGGUAAAAACUGGAUGGUCACCUCAGCUGGAGUUUUGAUAUCUUAGCAAACUGAAAAGUACAUUUUUACAGAUAUCUGAGAUGGUGCUGUUUUUUUCUUUUGUUAAGUUGGUAAAGACUGUUAUUGAAUGUACUGCAAGACAUAAAGUGGGAAAUACUUGAAAAUGUAAAUAUAUAUUUUUGUGUUAUGUUCAUAUAAAUUAAAUUAAAUUAUUUCACUA